AUGUCGUCAAAUCCGCUAGAAAAAUAUGAAAGAUUACUUACAAAGGAACUACAAAUCAAUGACAAAUAUGUGAUUAUUGACAUUAAAUGGUUAGAACAUUGGAAACAUUAUGUUGGUAUCGAAAAAUCAGAUGGAGAAAAAGUCACUGAACCAGGUCCAAUAGACUUCACAACAUUAAUUGACCCAACAACACUCAAUAGUUCAAAUGAAAUACAACUUUGUUCAGAUGCUGUUGAAGGAAAUGAUUAUACCUUCAUUUCAUAUGAACUCUAUGAAGACUUAGCAGAAACACAUAAAAAAAUCGGUCCCGCAAUAAUUCGUAAAGCAAUUCCACAAGGUCAAAAUCAAAUUAUAAUUGAAACAUUUCUUGUACCAUUAAAACUACGUGAAUCAAGAUGUUUGAAUGCAAGAAUAAAACAAAUUUAUCGUAUUCGUCGAACUAAAAUAGAAGAAUUAAAAAACGAUAUUUGUAAUGAACAUUGUAUUACACCAAGUUCAAGUCAUCAUUUAUAUUCAUCAGUGGAUGAAAAUGAUUUGAAUUGGGAACUGAUUGAUGAACGAUUAGAUUUAAUCCUUGAUGAUAUUAAUCUAAGAAAAAAUGCAUUUAUCACAUAUGAAUCCAAAACAUUAGCAGCACAUAAUGUUUCCUCAUUUUCUAUAUCGAAAAUACAUUAUACUCCCGAAUUUGGUGGUUUAUCAAAUAUAGAACAUUUUCUUCGUGAAGAAUAUAGAGAACAUAUAAAUCGUGAUAAUCCAUUAGGUAUGAAAGGUGAAGUUGCUCUGGCAUAUGGUGAAUUAAUACAUAAAAUGUGGUCAGGUCAAACAAAUUUUUCUCCACCACGAUUUUUGAAGAAAAGUGUUGUGCUUUAUGGAAAAAAAUGUCGUGGUUUUGCACGAGAAAACCCACAAGAUUUUAUGUCAUUUUUAAUUGAUGUUUUACAUGAAGAUUUAAAUCUUUUCAAAGAAAAACCAAAUAUAGAAAAAAAGGAUGAUGAUGAUGGAAUAACUAACAAUUCAACAUUAGCUGCUGAAUAA